UGUUUCCGGCUUGCACAAGGUUCAGGGAGGUUUAUUUGUUUUGUUGGAUGAAACGUUGAGGAUUGCACGUUUCUUUUGAUUCUGCAGUGUUCAGGACUUGUUUAGGGAUCAUGGCGAAGAAGGCCGUCAAGACGGUGGUCGAUGUGCAGAAGGAGAGCGUCGUCCAAGCUGUGAUAAUCGCCGAUUGCUACGGCAAUGAUUUUCUUCCAGUGACAGACGUGCCUUGUAUGAUGCCACUGGUAAAUCGACCUCUGCUUGACUAUACCCUGCAUUGUCUCUCAUUAGCAGGAGUGCAGGAGACUAUUAUGUUUUGCACGUUGAAUACGGACCAGAUAAAAAACUUUGUCAAGGGCAAACGGUGGGGUAGGAUGGUCGUAAAUGUUAUUGUAUCUGACGGUUGCUACUCAUUCGGAGAUGCCAUGAGGGACCUUGAUGCAAAGGCUGUGAUCAGAGGGGACUUUGUACUGCUUACCGGUGAUGUCGUAGGGAACCUUAAACUUCUACCCGUGAUCGAGCGCCACAAGCAAAUACAAAAGUUGGACAAAGGGGCUUCAAUGACACUUAUUUAUAAAGAAUGUGGGAAAAAGAUGAGGAGUGAAAACGAUCAAGCUUUUCUCGCCAUCGAUAGUAACACGGAUCGGAUUUUGUUGCACCAAAGGCAAACCGAUUUGAAAAAAAUAGGAAUAGGAGUGGAAAUUUUAUUAGAUCAAUCUGAUGUUGAUAUCAGAUGCGAUCUCCUUGAUACAAAAAUUAGCAUAUGCUCUGUAACCGUCCCACCACUUUUCUCUGACAACUUUGACUUCCAGACUAGAGAUGAUUUUGUAAAAGGGCUUCUGAUGAAUGAAGAAAUCCUUGCGAGCACAGUUUACUCUUAUAUUUUGCCAAACAAUGAGUAUGCGGCAAGUGUGACAUCCUGGCCUAAUUAUCAUUAUAUUAGCCAUGAUGUGAUACACAGAUGGACCUUCCCACUUGUUCCUGACUGUUGCAUAGAAGACUGUUAUAUCUACAAAAGGAAUAAUGUUUAUCUUCAGGAUAAAGUGACUCUUGCAAAAAAUUGCCACCUGGUGGAAGAUGUUGUGGUUGGAGAAGGGUGCGUCUUGAACGAGUGUGCAGAAAUAAGGACAUCCGUGAUAGGAAAAAGGUGUCAGAUUGGUGAAAAAGCGGUUGUUACGAAUUCUCAUUUGUUUUCCAAUGUUAACGUUCAAGAAUCGUGCGAGGUGGACUAUUGUGUCUUAGGUGAGGGCUGUAUACUGAGACCUGGUGUCAUUGUCAAAAAGUGUAUACUCGGACCUGGCGUAAUUCUAGAAAAUGGUACAACUGUUGAAAAUCUGAGGCUGCAAAGCACACCGUCCUCGGGUGAAUCUUACGGGCCAAAAGCUUUUGUUUACAAACCUGAGCAAGAAAGCUCUGACUCGGACUCAGAUGUACCCGGCGACGAAUGGAAAGGGCUUUUUAUGAAACAAAUCACUGACGUUGUAAGCGAGGAAGAAUCUCUUGACAGCGAGGACGAAUCGGAACAGGGCUCAGUCAUAUCCGAUGACACAAAUCGUACCAAUCUAUUCUACAGUGAGGUAAUCGAUUCACUUCUUAGAGGGUUUGAAGAGAAAGUGCCCUGUGACAAUCUUGUGCUCGAAGUCAAUUCGUCAAGGUACGCUUAUAACGUAACGGUCAACGAAGUCAACUAUUACGUCGUUAAAGCUGUGCUGAUGAUCAAGGACGACUUCAGCUGGGAGAUGGUCGCCUCCAAGCUCAAGUAUUUCACGCCUCUCCUUGUAAAUUACAUGAGGAAUGAAAACGCAAUGGAGGAUUGUCUCGUUGCAAUUGAGGAUGUGGCAGAAAUGUACCCCGAGUUGAGAAGUGUAGUUAUGAAGUUGAUCCAUUUGUUAUACAACAAAGACAUCCUCAGUGAGGAAUCUGUAUUGAAAUGGUACGGCAACCCACGGUCAGGUAGCGAAUCGGAAAUGGAAGUCCGCAAACGUGUGCAACCUUUUGUCAAAUGGCUCGAGGAAGCGGAGAUGUCAGAUUCUGAUGAAGAAUAAUACAGUUUCUGUUUAUUGGAUACAACAAAUAAAUUUUAUUGUUUUUAAAUAACUA